CCACCAGAGAAGAAGAACUGUCUCUCUACUAUAAUUUUACGAGUACGUGAUCGGCCGACUGCGCUAACGUUAUAUCCGUGUACACUUUGAACGAAGGCUAGCUAUCGAGCUAGUUGGAUUACUGUUGUCGUGUUGCAUUCCCUUUAUAUUUGCAGAACGACCCACCAGUUAACGUUACAAAUCCCUCACAAUGGACAGUGAACUGUCUGACAUUGACCACGUACCAGGGCCGGAGACCAGCAGCAUGGAGGGGGAGAACGCGCCCCUGUACUGUAUCUGUCGGAAACCAGACAUCAACUGUUUCAUGAUUGGCUGUGAUAAAUGUAAUGAGUGGUUCCAUGGCCACUGCAUCAACAUCACUGAAAAGACUGCAAAGGCAAUCCGGGAAUGGUAUUGCAUGAGAUGCAGAGAUAAAAACCCCACACUGGAAAUAAAAUAUAGAACAAAGAAAAACCGAGAGAAGGAAGCAGAGUCUGACAGAGGAUCCGAUCGACAGUAUAGCACCCCGAGUACUCCUGACUAUAAGAGUGAAAGGCGACGUGGGUCUAAAGUGAAGCGGUCGGUCCGAAUGUGUGGGGAGUGUGAGCCCUGCAGAAGGACUGUUGACUGUGCCCUGUGUGACUUCUGCAAGGACAUGAAGAAGUUUGGAGGCCCCAACAAGAUCAGACAGAAGUGCAGGUUCAGGCAAUGUGAGGUUCGAGCCAGGAAAAUGCUGCGUGUGAAGGAUGAAGAAAUGUCUUUGCAAGAAAGGAGGGACAACAGACGUAGACGGUACUCUGAGGACUACGACAGUGAGGCGGAUCUUUACAUGCAGUACAAGGCAGCAGGGAUAAACAGCAGCAUGGCAUGGAAUAGUGAUGAUGAUGACGAGCCGCCCUUCAGUCCCGUUGUGCGUAAAAAAGCUGUGAAAGUGAAGCAUGUUAAGAGAAGAGAGAAGAAGUUUGACAAGAAAAAGGAGUCACGACGCCACAAACAAAAGCAGAAGCACAAAGACCGAACCAGAUACAGCGAGAAGGGCGAGCUCCGGGAUAACACCGGACAGCGGCAGUGUCUGGGCCCGAACUGUGUGGAGGCAACAAAACCCAACUCAAAGUAUUGCUCUGAGGACUGUGGCAUGAAGUUAGCGGCCAAUCGGAUCUAUGAGAUCCUCCCUCAGCGCAUCCAGCAGUGGCAGCAGAGCCCCUGCAUCGCCGAGGAGCACGGUAAGAAGCAGCUGGAGCGCAUCCGUCGGGAACAGCAGAACGCCCGACUCCGCCUCACAGAGAUGGAGCGGCGCUUCCACGAGCUGGAAGGCAUCAUAGCAAAGGCCAAGCAGCAGGCGGUGCAGCAGGACGAGGAGGUGAAUGAAGGUGACAGCGAGGACACGGACCUGCAGAUUUUCUGUGUGUCUUGUAGUCAUCCCAUCAAUCCAAAAGUGGCGCUGAGACAUAUGGAGAGAUGUUACGCAAAGUAUGAGAGUCAGACCUCCUUUGGUUCCAUGUACCCUACGAGGAUAGAAGGAGCAACCAGACUCUUCUGUGAUGUUUACAAUCCCCAAAGUAAAACCUAUUGUAAGAGGCUUCAGGUUUUGUGUCCAGAACAUUCCAGAGAUCCUAAGAUUCCCAAUGAGGAGGUGUGUGGAUGCCCUCUGGUGAAGAAUGUGUUCGAGCUGACCGGAGACUACUGCAGGGUCUCCAAAAGGAAAUGCAACAAGCAUUACAACUGGGAAAAGCUGAGGAGAGCAGAGGUGGACCUGGAGCGAGUCAGGGUGUGGUACAAGUUGGACGAGCUCUUCGAACAGGAGCGUAAUGUCAGGACUGCUAUGACCAACAGAGCUGGUCUGCUCGCUCUGAUGUUGCACCAAACUAUUCAGCACGACCCUGUGACGACUGAUCUCCGUAGCAACAAGGAAAGGUAGUCCACCUGGGACCUACACCUGUUCUCUGAUCUGUGGAUAUUUGAGGUUUGAGGAUUUAAAUGGUUAAUACCAUUCGGAGGAAAUCUUAUUUUCUAACUAGAUUCCUAUUUUAAAAUCUUUGUAUAAUAAUCAACUGUAAGAGGUAAAUGGAAAUAUAUUUUUACCUGACUGUGGUAGAUAACUUCAGCUGAUUGAAAACUGUUUUUGGUAUUAUUUCCAUGAAUAAACACCUUAAACUUGCUUUGA